AAAGCAGGGUUAUAAUGAUCUCAGACGGUAUUUAGACAUUUUCCCAGAGGUCUGCGGAGCAGCCUGCAGGUUUUUGCCUUCCGAUCCGGAGAGCUACCAGUCCAGCCCCUGUAUGUGGUAGCUUGGUGGCCCUGGGGAUUUUGUAGUUCUUUUGUGGUACAGUUUUCCCUUUCUUGCAGGAAGUCGCAUCUUCUUCAGCUGUUUCUCUAUUAAGAUGACCCUUCACACAGCAGUUUCUGUUUGCUUUGGUUGCCGUUGUUGCUUCCUAGCCGUUCUUCAUUUAAUUCUACAUACCGUGUUCUUAAUGUUAAAUUCGCUUAUUACACCUUCAACCACACGUGGAGUUGCUCAAUUCUUCCUUACAGGAAAAUUCCAAAUAUUUGUUGGAGCUGCUUUUGAUUUCUUUCAAAACAAUUCCCUCUGAAGGGUUUAGAGUUGAUGUUUUCUUUUGUGUCCUCCCUGCUAUGUGAGCCUGCUGUUGGGCAGGAAGUUAACUCUCUUUUCCCAGGGAAACAGCUUGGAUGAAAAGACUGGCACAUUUUCUGUUCAUUCCCAUCAGUUGGCUCUUAUCUGACAUGAACUGGGCAGCAUCUAAAUGUGUCUUUCUUGAUUUUGUUGUCUUUCUGCAUAGAGCAUAUCUUGUGAAAACAGAAAUAUCCAUGUAAUGGUUUUCUCUUGUAGUGACCUUUUGAAAUUGCUUGAGCAACACAGAGAUAAUGGACAGGGGUCCCUGGGUGAAGCACCUAGAGGCUGGAAGGCUGAUGGCAAAGCUGGAGCGUGAGGCAGGGAGGGGACAAACACAGUGCAAAGGCAGGAGGAAAGCUGUGCUCUGUAUUGGCCUAAUUACAAGGACUUGCACUACAGCCAGAAUCAGCCAGCAAAUGCAGAGAUAAGCUUUUGUAAAGAAACUAAAAGAAAGGGAAAAGAAGAAGUAAAGAAAAGAUCUCUUUUCAGAUAGGGAGCCAGUUGGACACUUAAGAGCAAGGAACAUCCCAUUUCCUGUUUGUGGUAAGUGGAUGUGGGUGUCUAACUUGAUAUUCAGAAAGGAGAUCAUUAAUCAGAAAGGAGAGACUUCCGGGUUUCCCUUCCUUCUUUAGAAAGGUUCCAGAAAAGCAGAAGGGACUAGAUAGGAGGACAGAGCCAGAGAGCAUUUGUUAUAGUAUGAAGAUUGCAGAACCGUUCUGACGAAUCAUAUAGAUUAUUCCCUGGGCCUGAAUGACAAGGUUGUUUCCUCCCGUGAGCUAACAGUCCAUGUGGGUGAUUCAGCUCUGAUGGGGUGUGUUUUCGAGAGCACAGAAGACAAACGCAUGAUCAAGGUAGACUGGAUGCUCUCAUCAGGAGAGCACGCCAAGGAUGAAUAUGUGCUGUACUAUUACUCCAAUCUCAGUGUGCCUACAGGGCGCUUCCAGAGCCGCGCAUGCUUGGUGGGGAACAUCUUACGCAAUGAUGGUUCUCUCCUGCUCCAAGAUGUGCAAGAGGCUGACCAGGGAACCUAUACCUGUGAAAUCCGCCUCGAAAGGGAGAGCCAGGUGUUCAAGAAGGCGGUGGUUCUGCACGUGCUCCCAGAGGAGCCCAAAGAGUUCAUGGUCCGUGUGGGUGAAUUGACUAAGAUGAGAUGUGUUUUCCAGAGCACAGAAGAAAAACACGUGACCAAGGUAGAAUGGAUGUUUUCAGGACAGCGUGCCAAGGAGGAGAUUGUGUUACGCUACUCCCACAAACUCGGGAUGACUAGACGGUACUCCCAGAGCUGGGGCCACUUCCAGAAUCGUGUGGAACUGGUCGGGGAUGUUUUCCUCAAUGAUGGUUCCAUCGUGCUUCAAGGAGUGAGGGAGUCUGAUGGAGGAAACUACACCUGCAGUAUCUACAUAGGGGACCUGGUGUUCAAGAAAACCAUUGUGCUGCAUGUGAACCCGGAACAACCUCGAACACUGGUCACCCCGGCGGCCCUGAGGCCUGUGGUCCUGGGUGGUAAUCAGCUGGUGAUCAUCGUGGGGAUUGUCUGCGCCACAAUUGUGCUGCUCCCUGUUCUGCUACUGAUCGUGAAAAGGACCUGUAGGAAUAAGAGUUCAGUGAAUUCUACAGUCUUGGUGAAGAACACAAAGAAGACUAAUCCAGAGAUGAAAGAAGAACCCCGCUAUUUUGCCCGCUAUGAAGGGGAGAAACACAUUUACUCCUCAAUAACUACACGGGAGGUGACUGAGGAAGAAAAACCAAGUGAAAACUCAGAGUCCGCCUACAUGACCAUGCACCCAGUUUGGCCUUCUCUGAGGUCAGAUCAGAACUCACUUGAAAAAAUGUCAGAUGGGGGAAUGCCAAAAACACAGCAAGCCUAUUGAGAAGAAUGGAGAGUCCCUUCAUCUCAGCAGUGGCAGAGACUCUCUCCUCUGUGUGUCCUGGGCCACUCUACCAGUGAAUUUAGACCCCCACCCUCCCAGCUGUCCUCCUGUCUUGUUUGGUCAAAGCGCUGAAGAUGGAGAGUUUGGGGCCUGGCAGAGAGACUGGACAGCUCUAGAGGAACAGGCUUUGAUGAUGGGUGGGGGGCAUGGACUUGGCCUCUGGAAUGGGACACUGGCCCUGGGAACUGGGCUGAGCUGAAUGGCCUCAAGCCCCCCAUUGGAUCAGACCCUCCUGUGAGCUGUGUUUUUAGUGGAUGAGUUACUGAGAAGAAGCAGAGAUAAAAACCAACCCAAAUCACUCCUCUGGAACAUUAUUUCUAAAUAAAUGUGGUUUGUGAAAAUC